AUGGAGUGGUUCGGCCGUGCCAGCGUCGAGUUCACCCAUGCAGCCUCACCGCUACAGCUGCCGUUAAAGGCAGGAGCGGGAGCGAGCCCGGCCGAAGGCAGCAGCAAUGGCACCGCAGCACAAGCCACCACGGACUUGGCCCAGAUCUGCCGCGACAGCACGCCGGCCUGCCAGCUCAACCCGCUGCUCUUCAACGGCCACCUGCAGACCAUGUGGACGGCCGUGGCGAAGAGAGCGCCCGCCAUCCACUACAAGCGCCGCAUCUUCAACGCCGACCACGCGCUGUACACGGGCACCUUUGCCGUCGAUUUUGCCGUGCCGCCGUAUGCCGACGAGCAUCUCGAGCGAGACGCUGCCCUGCCGCCGCGCACGUCGUACUUUGCCGACGACGCCGCCUUUGCCGGCAUGGCCUCCGACGACACGCGGCCCAUGCUGCUGGUGCUGCACGGGCUGUCGGGCGGCUCGCACGAGGUGUAUCUGCGACACUGCCUGGCGCCGCUCCUCGACGCCGACGACCUGCCGUGGGAGAUUGCCGUGGUGAACGCGCGCGGCUGUGCGGGCAGCAGCAUCACGAGCGGCGUGCUGUUCAACGCGCGGGCGACGUGGGACGUGCGGCAGGUGGCGCUGUGGGCGCGGAAGACGUUUCCCAACCGCCCGCUGUUUGGUCUGGGGUUCUCGCUGGGCGCCAACAUCCUCACCAACUACGUCGGCGAGGAGGGCGCGGCGUGUCCGCUGCAGGCGGCGGUGGUGGUCGGCAACCCGUUUGAUCUGCAGGUGUCCAACAAGUUCCUGCAGCACUCGUUCAUGGGUCGCCACGUCUACGAGACGGUUAUGGGCAGCAACAUGAAGAAGCUGAUUAAUCUGCACCGCGACGCGAUCCUCAAGCACACGGACCUCGACUUGGACCGCAUCAACAAGGUUACGACGCUCUACGAAUUUGACCGUGAAGUGCAAUGCCCAACGUGGGGCUAUCCGACUGAAGAAGCCUACUACCGCGAUGCCUCAUCAUGCGAUUCGUUGCUCAACAUUCGCAUUCCUUUCCUGGCCCUCCAGGCCAAGGAUGAUCCAAUCGCCGUCGAAGAGGCCAUUCCGUACGGCGAGUUCAGACACAAUCCCUAUACCGUCCUCUGCACGACGUCCCUCGGCGGCCACCUUUCCUGGUUCGAGCCGGGCGGCGGACGCUGGCACGCGAAGCCGGUCACCCAGUUCCUGCAUACUAUGGCCAAGAACGUCGACCUCGCCGCCAUCCCGCGCGAUCUGCUGGAUGUCAAUGCCAGGCAGCGCAAGGGUGUCAGCUUUGAGCCUCUGCGUCGGAGGAUGCAGAUAAAUCUGGACAAGGAGUGA